AGAGGGAAGGGAGGGCGCUCGCGCCGUGCCCUCACCUGGCGCCCCUCCUGCGCGUGCCCCCGGCUCGUGCCCCGCUUUCCCGCCCCGCUUUCCCGCCCCGCUUUCCCGCCCGCGCCUCGCGCCCAGCUAACGGCCGUUGGUGCUGAAGGGCUCUGAGGCGGCGGCUGCGAAGGUGGCAAGUUGGGAGGUAGCUGGGAAGAGCCGGCCGUUGGCAAAAUGACGACGAACUCUGGGGAUUGACAGCAUCAAGGAUGGCACCGUGCUUAAAAAUACCGUGCGUUGUUUUUGUUGUCCUGGAAAUCCCCUCUAAAAACGUUGCGGUCCUCAGUAAAUCAGAUCCCGGCGGAUUCAUCUCCACUGUUUGGACAGCAGGAGUUCCAUCCCUUGUGCAGAAACUGGAAGAAGUCCUGGGCUGUGCAAUUACCGGCAAUGUGCGUUGGUCACAGUCGGAAGCUGUGGGGCUCUGAGAUGUGGGACAGGCUGUGCUCCCUGUGCCUGAUCGCUGAGUGCGUGGAGAUUCACACAUUCGGGUCACAACUAGCACACGUUGAGUUCUGUAUCUGUGGUGAUGAAGAGAUGAAAGGAGAGUUGGCUCUCUGGAAAAAUGAUUUGGCUGGGACAAAAGCGAAAGUGCUGACAUAUCCUGUGAGUCUCUUCUUGCAAGACUUACCAGAGGUCUCAGGGAAGCCUGAUUCUUUUCCUCAUCCCAGCCAAGUUCUGUGGUCAGAGGAACCGUGGAUUGCUUCACAUUUACGUUCUCAAAACAUCGUUUGGAGGUCGGCGAUGCUUCGCGGUAACUUUAACGCCUCGGGGAAUGGGAACGCCGCAGCUCCAGUUGCCACCGGAGAACAUCGGGGCCCACCGUCGCAGCGGCAGGUUACGGCACCGUGGCCUUUGACGGGACUCCGAGCUACGGCCACACGCCGUCUCACCACGCUGCGCAGUUUACGAACCACUCUUUCAAACACGAGGACCCCAUGAGCCAGCAGCCAUCUCUAGGGGACCAGCAGUACUCGGUGCCACCUCCGGUGUACGGCUGUCACACCCCCACGGACAGCUGCACGGGCAGCCAGGCCCUGCUCCUGCGGACCCCCUACAACAGUGACAAUUUAUACCAAAUGACAUCACAGCUGGAAUGCAUGACGUGGAACCAGAUGAACUUGGGAUCCACGCUGAAGGGCCAUACGACAGGAUAUGAAAAUGAGAACCACAGUGCUCCCAUGUUAUACAGCUGUGGGGCCCAAUACAGAAUACACACCCACGGAGUUUUUAGAGGCAUACAAGAUGUGCGACGAGUGCCAGGAGUAGCUCCGACCAUUGUCCGGUCAGCCAGCGAGACAAAUGAGAAACGUCCCUUCAUGUGCGCCUACCCCGGCUGUAACAAGCGAUACUUCAAGCUGUCCCACCUACAGAUGCACAGCAGAAAGCACACUGGUGAAAAACCGUAUCAGUGUGAUUUUAAGGACUGUGAGCGAAGAUUUUCUCGUUCAGACCAACUCAAACGGCACCAAAGACGACACACAGGGGUGAAACCCUUCCAGUGUAAAACCUGUCAGAGAAAAUUCUCCAGAUCCGAUCAUCUGAAGACUCAUACCAGGACUCAUACAGGUAAAACAAGUGAAAAGCCUUUCAGUUGCCGAUGGCCCAGCUGUCAAAAAAAAUUUGCCAGGUCUGAUGAAUUAGUCCGUCAUCACAACAUGCACCAGAGGAACAUGACUAAACUGCAGUUGGCCCUUUAGGCAUUUCAAACAAGUGAAUAAACCAGAUGGGACAUUAUGAGCUACUGCAAACUUUAUCAGCCAUCUUCGAUCACCUCUGUCAGAGAGCUGCAGCUGUCUUCGCAUCCCAUUUGACACAAGUUAACUAAACAGUAGGAUUCUGCUCAGCUUCCAUUUGGACAUUCAGAAUUCCCUGUUCAAUAACUUCAAAAGAUUUUUAUUUGCAAUUUCAUUUAAAAAUGGGCAAGAUUACCGCAGUUUCAAGAUUGCUCUCAACUAUGCUUACAUUCUAUAGGCGUUUCCAGUUUUCUGUUUCUAUUUUUGCUUGAGCUGUUCUAGGUACAUUUUACUGUUCUCUUUUUAGUCCCGCUGUGGGUAGGGUGAGUAGUGCCUGCUGAAGGUAAGCUUCACGCUUACUGCUUUCGUGCACAUGCUGAAGUUUCCAAAUGCUAGAACCUCUAUCCUCACAAGAUGAGACAGAACAAUCAGCUGAGAUACUUUUUGUAAACUUUGUAGUUGUACUGCCAAAGGGCAAGCUUUUAAACUCGGAAGCAAUGCUUCUGGAUUUCACAAAUCAACCCUUUUUUAAAAGAACUUAUUUCUAGAGCAGCUAGUGCUAGAUGAACGAGAACUUCUGUAUAGAAAAUAAGAAUCUUACCAUUAAGUUAACUUGUUUUUUAAAUAAUCACAUAAUCGAUCCCCCCCAAACUGUUUUAUUCAUCAAAUAGCUCUAUUUCUCUCUCUCUCUCUUUCUGUUUUAAUGUAUUUGUUUAAAUUUAUUCCAUCAUGAGAUGCACAGAUCUCCUUUACACAAAAGUGAUUCCAAUCAUUGUAGACAUUUGGGAUUUGUUUACAAUGUAAAGCCACACUGGUUAUGUGGCUAGCAAGCUGUAUAAACUUAAAACUGAACUUUUAAUGGGGCUGGUCCAGGAUCUCCAUUAACAGAUUACUCUUAAGAUAAGUAACUUAAAAAGACUCUUUGUCAAGUAUAUGUGAAAAAGACAUUAUUAGUGUAAGGAAAUAUAUUGUUUCAGGGUUUUGGGAGGAGGGGUUUAUUAUUUACUUUCAAUUGCUUGAAAUUGUGUGUAUAUAUAUAUAUCUGAUAAUGUAUUGCUCUUAGACAUCUAAAAUUAGAAACUGUAUAAAUAUUAGAUGCAUCACUGUUCUGAUGUUGUUGCUGUUACAAACUAUUGAUAACACUAAGAAUGUAACCUGCAUUUUUCACUGAGCUUUCAAUUAAAGCCCAUUCAAAGAGAAACAAA